CCCGCCGCCAUGUUGUGGGGCCGAGCGCCGCGGGAGGCGCAGGGGCUGCGGCCCGGCGGAACCGCCGCUCGGGGCAGCGCAACAGAUGGCUGAGGGCUAGCGGCGCGCAGUCGGGACCAUGAUGGCUCAGUUUCCCGCAGCCGUGAAUGGAGGGCCAAACAUCUGGGCCAUCACCUCCGAAGAGCGGGCCAAGCAUGACAAGCAGUUCGAUAGCCUUAAACCCACAGGAGGUUUCAUUACAGGUGAUCAAGCACGUACCUUUUUUUUGCAAUCAGGUCUGCCAUCUUCAAUCCUUGCUCAAAUAUGGACGCGCUCGGACCUGAACAAGGAUGGAAAAAUGGAUCAACUGGAGUUCUCUAUAGCUAUGAAACUCAUCAAGCUGAAAUUGCAAGGACAGCACUUGCCUUCAGUUCUCCCUCCUGUCAUGAAACAAACUCCAGUGUUUUCACCACUAAUGUCAGCUCGUUUUGGAAUGGGUAGCAUGCCAAAUCUGUCCAUGCCCACGUCUGUGUCUGCGAUCGCACCGUUAGCUCCCAUGGCUCUGACCUCCAUGACUUCCAUUCCUCCCCUGGUUAUCUCUGCUCCCCUGGUGCCUUCUGUCAGUACCUCCUCAUUGCCAAAUGGAACAUCCAGCCUUCUGCAGCCUUUAUCUGUUCCUUUCUCUUCAACACUGCCUCAUACUGGUUCUUUAGGCCCCAUGGCAGGAGGAUUUGGUGGUUCCAGUAUGCAGAAGGCACAGUCACUAAUUGAUUUAGGAUCUAGCAGUUCAAAUUCUUCCUCUAGUGCAUCACUAGCUGGGAAUUCACCAAAGAUUACAUCCUCAGACUGGGCAGUUCCUCAGGCCUCCAGAUUAAAAUACAGACAGAAAUUUAACAGUCUUGAUAAAAGCAUGAGUGGAUAUUUAUCAGGAUUUCAAGCAAGGAAUGCCCUUCUGCAAUCAAAUCUUUCACAGACUCAGCUGGCUACUAUUUGGUCCCUGGCUGAUAUAGAUGGAGAUGGGCAGCUGAGGGCUGAUGAGUUUGUCUUGGCUAUGCACCUCACAGACAUGGCCAAAGCUGGGCAGCCACUGCCCCUGACUCUGCCCCUUGAGCUGGUGCCACCUUCUUUCAGGAGUGGAAAAUAUGCUGAAAAUAUAAAUGGAACUCUGCCAUCUUACCAACCUGUGCAAGAGGAGGAGCCACAGAAAAAACAGCCAGUGACAUUUGAGGACAAAAGGAAAGCCAACUAUGAGAGGGGAAAUAUGGAGCUGGAAAAACGCCGACAGGUCCUGCUGGAGCAGCAGCAGAGAGAGGCUGAAAGGAAGGCUCAGAAGGAACGGGAAGAGCAGGAGCGAAGAGAGAGGGAACGCCAGGAGCAGGAGCGGAAGAGGCAGCUGGAAAUGGAGAGGCAGCUGGAGAGACAACGAGAGCUGGAGAGACAAAGGGAAGAAGAAAGGAGGAAAGAAAUAGAAAGGCGGGAGGCAGCAAAGCAGGAGCUCGAGCGCCAGAGACGACUGGAAUGGGAGAGAAUCCGUCGCCAAGAGCUUCUCAAUCAGCGUAACAGGGAGCAAGAAGAAAUUGUCAAGUUGACCUCUAAAAAGAAGAGCCUUAAUCUUGAAUUAGAAGCCUUGACUGACAAACAUCAGCAGAUCUCAGGCAGGUUGCAGGAUAUCCGUAGCAAAAAGCAAAUGCGAAAAACUGAGCUGGAGGCUUUGGAUAGGAAAUAUGAUCAAGGAAUCAUGGAAGUCAAGCAACUACAGCAACAGCUGGAGGAUUAUCAGAAUAAACUAAUCUAUUUGGUUCCUGAAAAGCAGUUGUUAAAUGAAAGGAUAAAAAAUGCUCAACUUGAAAACACUCAGAGUACAGGAGUUGAUUCAGUGCACAAGAAGUCCCAAGAAAAGGAAGAAUUAUGCCAAAGACUUAAGGAACAACUAGAUGCCCUUGAGAAGGAAACUGCUUCUAAACUUGCUGAAAUGGAUGAGUUUAACAGUCAGCUUAAGGACCUGAGGGAAAGUUACAGCACACAGCAGUUAGCCUUGGAGCAGCUCCACAGGAUCAAACAGGACAAAAUAAGAGAGGUACAAAAAAGAAGAGCUGAGCUGGCACAGAAGAAGCGACUGGAAGAUGAGGCUGCAAGGAAGGCAAAAAGGGAGAAGGAGAACCGAUGGCAGGAAAAUAUCCGAAGGGAAGAGGAAGAGAAAAAGAAGCGACUGGAGGAAGAACGAAUGCAGGAAAAAGUCCAAGAAAAGCUGAAAGCUGAAGAAGCAGCUGCCAUGAUGAGGGAAAGGGAAAACAAACAACAGUUUCUUGCAGAGGAGGGGAAAAAUAGACAAGCCACGAUCUUGAGGGAGGUGGAACAACAAAGGCACAGGCAACUGGAAGAAGAUAAAAGAAAACAAGAACAAAUAGCAAAAGAAGCUGAGGAGAGGCGCAAGCAGAACGAGGAGAUGAAAAAGAUAAAAGAAGCAACCAACUCUCAAGAGGUGGAGAAACACACUUCUAAAAUAAACAUAAAUGAACAGUUUGCAGAUCUAUUGAAACCAACAGAGGGGACAAGUCUUAAGCCACCUUGGAAAAAUGAAGGCAAGGCAGCUGGUGCUGCAGAGUUGAGGAAUUCCAUUGCCUUGGUAAAUUACAGAGCUCUAUAUCCAUUUGAGGCAAGGAACCACGAUGAGAUGAGCUUUAAUACUGGAGAUGUAAUUCAGGUUGAUGAAAAAACUGUAGGAGAGCCUGGUUGGCUUUAUGGGAGUUUUCAAGGACAUUUUGGUUGGUUUCCGUGCAAUUAUGUAGAAAAAAUACCAGAAGGAGAGAAAGCUUUAUCUCCUAAGAAAGCCUUACUUCCUCCUACAGUAUCUUUAUCUACUACCUCAGCUGCUUCAGAACCACUUUCACCAAGUAAAUCUGCAGAAGAAUCUGAUUACCAAAACAUCCCCUUUUCCAGCCUGAAUGUUAACACAGCCUGGCAGCAGAAAUCAGCUUUUACUCGUACUGUGUCCCCUGGAUCUGUUUCACCUGUUCAUGGACAGGGGCAGCCUGUAGAGAACCUAAAAGCACAAGCACUUUGUUCUUGGACUGCAAAAAAAGAUAACCACUUGAAUUUUUCAAAGAAUGACAUCAUCACUGUCCUGGAGCAGCAGGAGAACUGGUGGUUUGGAGAGGUACAUGGAGGAAGGGGUUGGUUUCCAAAGUCCUAUGUCAAGCUCUUACCUGGGAGUGAAACCAAGAAAGAGGAACCAGAAGCUAUUUAUGCAGCUGUAAACAAAAGGCCUUAUACCCAGAAUUACACAGCAGGAGAGGAGUACAUUGCCCUCUAUCCCUACUCGAGCUCCGAGCCUGGUGACCUGACGUUCCUGGAAGGGGAGGAGAUCCUGGUGACCCAGAAGGAAGGGGAGUGGUGGACUGGGAGCAUCGAUACCAGAACUGGAAUCUUCCCCUCCAAUUACGUCAGACCAAAAGAUCCAGAUGCUUCUAGCUAUGCUGGCAAAACUGGAACAAUAAAUAAGAAACCCGAAAUUGCUCAGGUUACUACUGCCUAUGCUGCAUCAGGAACUGAACAGCUCAGUCUUGCUCCAGGACAGCUGAUACUUAUUCUGAAGAAAAAUGCCAGUGGAUGGUGGCAAGGAGAGUUGCAGGCAAGAGGGAAAAAGAGACAGAAGGGAUGGUUCCCUGCCAGCCAUGUGAAGCUGCUGGGCCCGAGCAAUGAAAGAACCACAUCAGCUGCUCCCUCAGUGUGCCAGGUGAUAGCCAUGUAUGAUUACACAGCAAACAAUGAGGACGAGCUCAGUUUCUCCAAGGGGCAGCUGAUUAAUGUGCUGAACAAGGAUGAUGCUGACUGGUGGCAAGGAGAAAUCAAUGGAGUGACAGGUCUCUUCCCCUCAAACUAUGUGAAGAUGACCACAGAUUCCGAUCCAAGUCAGCAGUGACCCAAUGUUGUCUUCCAGUGUGAAAGCACCUCAGAGACCCACUAUCCAAGUUUGACUAGCGUGGAGGCAGGGUGGCCAGCCCUGCUCACGUGUCUGACACAAUCCUUUUGCUUCGUUUGAAUGUUAGAUCCAACCAAGAAAUUAGGUUUUCGUGCGUUUUCUUCUAAUCUGCAGUUUCAGUGGAUUUGUAAAAGCAGAAAGGAUAGUGGGUCUUUGUGUGGCUUUCACUGCUGUUCAUUCUUGUUUCCUUUAGUAUUUCCUUUGGGAUUGAUAAUCAUAGUCAUUAGCAUGCAUAUCAAGUAUUGUUUGCAUGGUGGGAUUGCAGACACACAAAGACCCACUAUUUGCACAGUUUAUCUGAGCUGUUUGGAAUGGGCACUUGUGUUCUUUUAAUGUUGUUAUGUACAUAUUUUGCAGAAUUAAAAUGUUCAUUGAUUAUUGUUCUAAUGGACUUGAUUUAAUCUCUUACAUAAUGAGCUUUUAAAAUUGGGGGCCUUCAUGGCUCAUCCAGAUACAAACCCUACCUGUGUGCUGCUGAUAGUCACUGUGAUUACAAACACGCUACAGGAUCUAAGGGUUAGAUUUGGUGCACUCCAUCCAGCCUUUUCACACCCUUUUUAAUGGGGAAAAGGACUAUUAGGUGUAGUGUGGAGGAUAUUUUAAUGGUUUUUCUUCCUUCACAGUAGUACUAUGGCAGGAAUUCAGGUUGUUUUGGCUCAAUCCAUUCUAUCCCUAAACAGCCUCCUUCCUCUAAAUUCUGAUCAUUCAUAUUUGCUUUCAGUUUUGGCAGAUAUGCUUAGUUGCUGCAGUAAGUACUUGCACAGCCUCUGUGUGACCAGGCCCUUCCCCUGCCUCUUCUUUUCAUUAAAUAGUUCAUGGUACUGAAUUGUUUGUCUCUGGCUGUGGUCUGCAGUGACAUUUAAAGUACUGUUUGAAAGCUGCUGCUCUUCCUCCUGGUAAACAGAGCAGCAGCCUAAUGCAGAGGUAACCUCACUGAGGAGGUGUUGCCAGGAGAGAGACACUAAGAGAACCUGGAGUGAGGGCAGAGCAUUUGGGUUUAGGAUGGAGCUGUGCUCCUCAGCCCACAGUCCUGGCCUGUUGGAAAUGCAGUGCAGUAUGAGCUGCCCUUGUCUUAUUGUAAUGUUUGGAGGGAAGGAGGAACUUGUAACCUUGAUUCCCCUUUAAAUAAAAGGAUUAAUUUGAUUCUAGACUACUUCUCUGAUUAAAUAGUUCUGUGCUCUUGUAACAACAAGAGAGAUCUCUAGACACAGUAUUUAAUUUAGUUGGUUUCCUGAACUUGGUUAUGAAACAGCAAAGGUCACUUAUGCAAUCAGAAAUGUUUACAAAACAAACUGUUUGUUUACUAUAUAGACAUAUAUAUAUAGAGAUGAAUGUUGUGAAGGUACUAUCAGGAAAAGGUUAAUCCAAUUGCAGAGAUUUAAAAGCCUUUCUCCAAAAUCCAACAUUAUGUAUUUAUAUCCUUGAUCAAAUAAUGUAUAUGUGCCCUUUAGUUCAGAGAUGUAUCUUCUGUGCAAUAUGGACUACGCAAUGUGCCUACAGAAAACUACAAAUGGGUUUUUAUUCUGGAUGUAUUUUGUCUGAACCAGUAUUUUGUUAUAGAAUGAGAUCAUGUUGUAGGCAAAUAAUGUGCUAGAUAAUCCUUUGAGUAUUUCAGAUUACUUGAUUUCCUUCUGAAAGUACAUUUUAAGUGUUUCUACUAGAAUACACUACUCACCCAGAAUUGCCUUCUCUGAAUUCUGUCUUGGAAAUCCUGUUUAAUACAGGCUGAAAUGUGUUGUGCUGCACCAGUGGCAUUGAGCAGUCAUGUACUGUACUCUAAGAAUUAGGUGAUCUUCUAAAUUAUGUAAUUUCUAAAAGGCAAAAAGGCACUGUUCAUCUGUGGGAAUUGAGCCACACUGACAAUCAAUGUUCAGUCAGUUUUCCUUGAAUACUAUUUUACUACUAAUUGUCUUUGAAAUAUUAAAAACAACUUCCUAUCCUCACUGAGGUAUUUGAGGAAUUUUCCAAAAACAAAGUGGCAUUCUACUAAUUUUAAUUUUUUUUUUAACUGAUACAUUUGGAGAUUACAGUACGGUUGGCAAAGUUUCACACAGGUAGCCCUGUGUUGUUGUGUAGGUAUGAGCACUGAUAAUUAUUGAAACCUCUGCCUCAAAGUCUGAACCGAAAAGUAUUGAAGUGAAGCAUUUUGUGCUUUCACAGCUAUCUUUUCAUGUUUCAGGAUCACCUGAAUAUGCUCUAAAUUCUCUUAAGUGUAAUAAUAAAUAUAAUAAUAAAAAUACACCCUAAUAAUGCUGAUUGAGAAGGGACAUAGUCCCUGCCUUCAGUAUUCCUCUGUAUUGCAAAAGUCUGCCUAGCACAGCUCCAGCACAGUUGCCUGAGAGCUUUGCUCUCCUGCACAGUGGUGCAGAAAGAAUUGGAUACACACAUCAGAUCAUGCAAAGGAAAGACUAUGCCAAGGAUGUAUUUACAGCAAGAUUAUUUUAAAAUAAUAUUCUUUGGAAGUUGCAUUUAAAUCAGACUUUACUUUUAAAAAUGCUACUUUUUCUCUGGUUGUGUGCAAUCCACCCCUUUGUUGAUAAAAGACCAUAGAGUUGAGUUCAGCUGGUCAUCCCAGCCAGUCAAGUAAAAUCACCCUUAUCUGGGUGAAAAAAGUUGGCUGUGGAGCUAAGGGCAAGGUGGAAAACAGAGUCCUUUGCUGAACUCAUGGUUCCCAGGCAAGAGCUGAGAGUCUAAAUGUUGCUGAGAGCCACACAAGGUUACUGAAGCCAACAUGGAAACCAAAAUAUGCUGUUUGCUGUUGCCUGCAGUGUGGUACUUGCUGAAUGUUAUUUCCUGUGGGCCAGCAGAGAAUAGGGGCCCUGGUGUCACAGGGGUUGAGAACCAAACAGUGCUGUAAAUGCACAAGAACAGGUACCAAAAUGCUGCUUCUGUAACUGUCUGGUUUGCAUAAUGGACUAACAAGCUACAGAAGCCUGGCUUGACACAAGCUUAGUUCCUGAUCCAGAGCUGGAUCCGUGCAGGAAGGCCUUGUGCCACCCCUGGGACCAGAGGCAGGGCUGGGUGUGUGAGGAGCCCAUGGUGCUGAGGGCUGGGAGCACCCAAAGUUCUGUCUCCACAUGCUUGAUGGUGCAGUCAGGAGCAGAAGGCACAAAACUCCAUCAGAGAAUUGCACACUAAUACCUGAAACUUCUCCCUCUGGUCACUGAACAUUUCUGCCAUCCCAGAGCUUUGUCAGAUUGUAUCCCUGUGUGAUUCUCCUGGGCAGGGUUGGAACGCCUGUAAAUAAGUCUGCUGGUAGGAAUGCCAACACUCCUUGGCCUGCAGCAGGAGCUGCUGCAGGGUUGUGCUACUUCAGUGUAAUGACCCCAUAAAACUGCUGUGUUCUGGUGUGUGCUGCCUUAAAACCCCUCCUUGUCCUUCCCAAGCUUGAGUGUCACUGUGGGAUGGUUGUUGAGACAUGCAAAUGCAGGCUGUGCUUAGCAUGAGGCAAUUGUUCACCUUCGGAUUUGAACAAAGUUGUAAGAUAACUAUGCAAAUGUAUUUUAUUAAAGGGACACGUAAAAGGA